UUUGAUGUUGAGCUAUCAAAUGAACGGCAAAUUCGGCCUCAAGGAAAGAAUCUUCUUUAUACUUUGUCUAAGAAAGAAAAAUAAAUAUGGCAUCUAAACAUUCUUCGACAAUCCUCGUGUCUUUUCUAUAGAAGAAGACAUCAAAGAAAGAGUGAGACAUUAAUUGCAUGGUAAACUUGAUUUCCUCUAACAUUUCGAUAAUCACACAUGUACAACAUCAUUAUGUUGUUACAUUAGAAUACCCGAAACUAAUUGUGGAAAGUUGAGACAUAAGAAAUGCCAUCAACGGUGAGGGAUCACAGGAUUGUUCGGAGGAUGGCAAGUCUUCCUCGAAGCAUAAUGGGGGGUAUUUCAAGGGCAAUGGGGGAUGGUAUGUGCUUAGUAGGAAUAGGAAGAAGAAGAACAAACCAACGUGCACAUUUUCCAUCGCAGCCUCAAGAUCAUGUUCCACAACCACGUGAUCACGUAGUGGUUCCUGAGGAAUGGAGUUUCCUAGAGAGCUUUGAGCAGCAAUAUGGCACCAAACAUCCUUUCUUCUAUGCUUGCCGUUUAGGGGAAGCCAUGAAGUUAGCAGAACAAGAGCACAAGUUCUUGCUCAUGUACCUUCACUCUCCUGACCACCCUUUUGCAAACGUUUUCUGCAAGGAGACCCUGUGUUCGGAGCUAGUGACCCAGUUUCUUGAUGUGAAUUUUGUUUGCUGGGGUGCUCUUGCAGAUAGAGGAGAGGGACUGCAAAUGGUUGCAACGCUAAGUCCUGCUACCUUUCCCUGUUGUGUUGUCAUAGCCCCUGCUUCUGGUGAGAGCAUAGCAGUGCUGCAACAGCUAGAGGGACCCCUUUCACCAGCUGAGCUAGUGGAGAUUCUACAGAGAACUUUGGAAGAACAAGGGGUGGCUUUUGGAAGUGCCAAAGCCAAGCAGGAAGAAAAGAUCCGAACAGAUCGUAGGCUUAGAGAAGAACAAGAUGCUGCUUAUCUGGCAGCUUUGCAAAUUGACAAGAAAAAAGACAAACUCACUAAUUUAUCUUCGAGAGAGAGAGUUCAAAAGCCAGUGGAAUCUCAGAACAGCACUAAUUAUGGAAGAAUGGGGACCAAUUCUACCAAUGUCACUAAACAGCACAACAAAGUGAAUGAGUCCUCUGGAGAAAAACAAGACAAGGGAAUUGCAAAUAAAGGAAGCGAGUCUCAGCCCACACAGAUACUGAUAAGAUUUCCAAACGGUGAAAGAAGAGAGCAUACUUUCCUCUACACAGACAAAAUCCAGUCCAUUUUCUCAUACAUCGAUUCAUUAGGUUUGCCGGGGAUUGGUAACUACAGGUUGAUAUCAAACUUCCCAAGAAAAGCUUAUGGUGUUGAUCAAAUGAGAAUGACACUCAAAGAAGCUGGCUUGUAUCCUAAAGCUAGUGUGUUCCUAGAGCCUUUGUGAACUCGAGUCCCAUAAAAGGAUAAAUUAUUACAUGGUUUGAGAAAAGCUCCAACCAUGUAAUAAUUAAUGCCGGUUAAGAUGCACAUGUGGCAACAUAAAUUUGGAUUGCAAUUAAUCAAAAUGAGAGCCAGAAAGAUUAUGUGGACUUCACUUGAACUCUUGAAGUGAUUAAGAUUUGAGUGCAUCACCAAAACAAUUUGUGGACUUCUUUCAUAUGAUAUUAUUUCUUCGUUUCU